CCUUCAAUUUUGCAUCAGCUCAGCGUGAAUAACAGUGGUUUUACAAGCGGAAACAGUGAUGGAAGGCCUAGAAGUUUUGACUCGGAGGCUAGAAAGAAAUGCUGGUCCAAAGCAGAGAAGGUUCCAGGUCGAGAUCCCGAGAGGUGGAGAAAAGAUGCAGCUGGCAACAUUAUUGGCAAGCGAUUCCACAGCUGCCAAGGUUGCCUCUGCUUUGAGUAUGAUCACAUUGUUCCCUUCUCUAAAGGUGGUGAUUCAGUGUCAGAUAAUUGUCAAAUUCUUCAAACAAGGGUUAAUAGAUCUAAAGCAGACAAGGUUGCAGUUGACACAAGACAUUUGAAAGGAUAUUCUUGUGACAUCAACUUCAGCGACAAUGACCUUGACAAGAUUGAGAUGGCUGUUUAUGGGGAUAUUAAGCGGUCAGACAAUCAAUGCCGUGUUCCAACAAUAGAUGAAAUAAUGGGGAAAUACAAGUCUAAGAACGGCAUUGCUAGCUGCAACUCCCAAUAAAAUAUAAAAGCUUGCCUUUUAGGAUCUGAGACAUUAGGUGUUAAGAAAGAUAGCCACUAUGAUCAAUAGUGAUUGCAGUGAAAUCUCCACUUUCUACUAAUGUUAAUUUGACAUUGAGCUAAAAGAAGAGAAUAUAUCAAUGUGUGUUGGUCUUCAUGUUA